AUGUCUGCUGUGUCCUCUUUCCUUCUCCUUUUUGCAAUUGUGGAAGGUGUCGUCUCCUUCGUCCUUCCUAUUGUUGAUGCAUUUGGACCACCAAAACACAUUCAACACAAAUUUUAUCUUGAGGUAUUCAAAUUGCUUCAAUUUAUGGUUUCAAUAGUGGCACUGACAUACCUACAAGCUCUCAUAUUGUAUUACAAAAGACAGUUCCAAGACCAUGAAAUUCACUUGAGAGAACGCAAACCCCUGAAUAAAAGUGAUUGUAAUGUAACUCAAAAUGAUCAUAUCAAUUACAAACGGGAGGAAAGUCAAGUCGAUUUUAUCGAUGUGGACAAUUCUGCAGACGUGUCGGAUUCAAAUGAACAGAAUAAUCGCUUUAAAUGCCAACAUAAUGAAGAAAGCAGGUGUGAAAAUCCCUCAAACACACAUGGAGUAAAGCGAGGCUUUCUAUCUCAGAAAAAGGAAAUUUCUGAGGAUGGAAAAAGGGCCGAAAGCAGCGAACCCUUACAUGAUGCAAAUAAGUUAGAAUUAUUGGGAUUACUAGUGAAACGCAGAAUUCAUACCAUUGGAAGGAUGUUCGGGGACCGCACCACCACGGAUAGAAAACGUAAUCCACCUCCCAUUGAAUGUGAGCAAGGAAAUAACCUCUACCUCCGACUGGGUGCUGUUGUUUUUGGAUUUGGUGUUAUGAUCAUGGAUGGAUUUCGAGUUGCCGAUCAGUUCGAUAGCUUGAAUGCUGCAUUAUCUUGUCACAGUGCUUUCUGGAUCCCAGUGAAUGUCAUCCACUCCAUUUACAUCUUUUGGCAAACCUACUUCCUCUUCAAGCAUCAUCAUGUGGUAUUCAAUGUGAAAAAGUUCUUUGUUCGCUUUAUUCUCGCCCACAUGACGGUGGUCAAUCUGGGUCAAUGGAUGGGCACCAUCGUGCAGGAGGUGAUGAUUUCAGACAAAGAGGAAGGAAACACUUCUGCAUUGAAUGUUUCCGCAUUAUCAGCCCUUAUCGUCUCCAAAAAUCUGAAUUUGACCACGAACCUUUAUGCUCAAUGUAAGUCACAAGUUGGAAUUUUCGCCCACUAUCUGAUUCCCUGUGGAGUGGAGUACAGUUUGAUUGCUUGUGCCAUCUUUUACAAGAUGUUUCGCCGGGUUGGACACAUUACCAGGUCUGAAGUCGAGCCUCAAUGUGUUAUAUCUUCAAGUACUGCCGAUGAGGGGGCCAGAAAUAAUCCCACUGAAUGUCAGCACGGUCAUAAAGGCCUAUUUGCGGGUCUCUUACUCGUGAUGACAACUUUAGUGGCGAUGGCUCUCUUCUACACCCACCUCCAACGCAGCAGUCAAGUCGAAGCCCUAACUCUCUUUCAGGGCACUUACAUCGUCCUCCUUUCCAUCGGUAUUCUAGCUGUUAGCAUUGCUCUCUUUCAAGUGCGAGUUUUGGGUGCACGACAGAUGUCUGAAGACAGUGCUUUCGACGACUACCUUCUGCUGAUUGGCCUUCUGGGAAUACUCUUCUACAAUAUGUUCCUUUUGGCUCCAGCUAUGGAAGGGAUAGAGAGCAAUAAGAUAGCUAGAACCAUGUUUAUGUCGAAAUCGGUUCUAGAAAUACUCCAGGCACUAAUGCAGGUUUUCUUAAUCCUGGAAGCUUCUUGCAGCCAGGCAAGCAGCACGAGACAAGUGAUUGAGAAACCUGGGCGCACAGUCAUCACGUUUCUACUCAUUCUCAAUUUGGCCAUGUGGAUGGUCACCACCUUUGGAUUGAAACACGCCGAGGGCUACUCCAUUCAUCGGUCUCACUACUCGGACAUCGCCUGGAAAAUAAUCACACACCUCUCCAUGCCCCUCAUUGUCUUUUUUCGCUUUCAUUCCACUGUCUGCCUUGCAGAUGUCUGGAGCAACGCCUAUCGUAUUCAUAAGCCAACUAUUGUCUGA